GCCUUUCCCCCCUUUCGUACUCUCUUUCAUAUUCACCAUGCACUUCUCCACCAUCUUCGUCGCCGUCGCCUCCCUUGCGACCUCCGCGCUCGCCGCCACCUCCGGGACUGGCGAUGCUACCUUCUACGAGGCCGGUCUCGGCGCGUGCGGCAUCUCUAACACCGACGCGGACUUCAUCGUCGCCAUCGACGCCCAGACGUUCGACACCUUCCCCGGCGCCGGUGCGAACCCCAACGCGAACCCGAUCUGCCACAAGCAGCUCACCGCGACCGGCCCCGACGGCAAGACCGUGUCCGUGCUCGUGACGGACCGGUGCGCGGGCUGCGCACCCGGCAGCAUCGACCUCACGCCCACCGCGUUCCAGCAGCUCGCGUCGCUCGACGUCGGCCGUCUGCACGGCGUCACCUGGACGCUGGCGGCCUGAGCGCUCCCUGCCGCCCAUCCCGCCCCGUCGGGGGGCCUGGCGCGCCCUGGGUGAGGACGAAGACUUUUCAGAGGAUAUGUUCAUGGUGAUUAUGACCGCCCGUGAUGAUGUACGACUUAGGCUACUGUUUAAUGGAUUGUGGUGAAAGUGA